GUUGCGCAUGCGUAUUAGGACUGUGAGUAGACUAUGGCCGUCGCGAUGCAGACCGACGAUUUUCCUUACUUACCUUCGGGACCAGCGGAGAUAAAUAAGAUGAUAAAGGAGCAUGGUGACCUGUUUUCUGACUCCCAGUGUAAAGUCUGCAGUGCUGUCCUAAUUUCUGAAUCUCAGAAGUUGACUCAUUAUCAGAGCAAGAAACAUGCCAACAAAGUGCGGCGCUAUCUUUCCAUCCAAAACGAACAAGAGCCAGCCCUCAAAAAGCUGAAGCCCUUAACGUCUGACAGCGACUGUAACAAUGGAGACACAGACCGGUUGAAGGUGUGUCAUGUAUGUAACAUGACCUUCUCUGCUCCAGUAGUGGCUGAGUCUCACUAUCAGGGCAAAGUUCAUGCCAAGAACCUGAGGUUGAAGACAGUUGGACCUCAAGCCCUAGUAAACUCCCAAACAGCGCCAACCCCUCAGCUGAAGAAAAAACCUGCAGAUGAUUCAAGCGGUGCUCCAGUGACAGGCAACAACAACAACAACCCAGACCGUUUCUGCUCCAUAUGCCAGGCCUCCUUCAACAACCCGCUCAUGGCCCAGCAGCACUACGUGGGCAAGAAGCAUAGAAAACAGAUGACCAAGCUUAAACUGAUGGAGACGUAUGGGCCCUCCACAGCACCAGCUUCCACACUAAAUGGCUACCCAUGCACCAUCUGCAACAUUGAACUGAACUCUGUGGAGCAGUACCAGUCUCAUAUCAGUGGAGCCAAGCAUAAGAAUCAAGUGAAGAAAUCGGGCCUGAAGACCACAGAGAACAAACAUCCAACAGAACAAUCGUACGGGGGCGACAACCAGUACGCUGCCACUGAUGACCAGUACGCCCCUGGGGAGGAGCAGUUCAGCACCAGAGACGACGACUACGCAGCCGGAAAUAACCAGUAUGCUCCAGAGGACACGGAGUACACAGAGGAGUACCAGUACACUUGAGGCUGGACUGGGAUGGACUGCAGAAAUUUCAGUCAGGACUUGGAAUGAAACACAACAACCAGCCCCUUUAACAUAUUAACAAACCAUCAACCCUCAUGAACCUGCAGCUCCUGUCAGUCUCCUCUGAGUAGGUGUUUCCCUGGAACAGAGUAAUGUAGCUUUGGACCCAACAUUUUGAGUUUCUGGCUGAAACGGUUAAAGAAUGUGAGUUUUUUUUUUUUAAUCUUAUUUAUUUUUCUUUUAAUGAGGAAAAAAAGCAGCUUUUCACAGGUGUUUAACCCUUCAGUAUGUGAUAAAGGUGGCGUAGUCCAGCGUCCAGGCUUAGUGUACAAACGUCAAACACUAACAGGAGACAGUCAGCAUUGAAAUUUUGUCCAAAUCUUGGGUGGCAGUCUGUCAUCAUUUACCCCCCCACUAACAUCUAACCAGUAUUAACACCUCGUACCAGAGUGAACUCUACAAAGCAGCAUCACGCUUCCCACCUCGUUCCUUCAGUUUAAAUGAGUGAAGUCGGUUGGCGUCUCCAGUGAAUGCGUUUAUUGAGACGUCCUGUUUUCUCAGCCUCCUGCAGGUUUGUCUCGAUUAUAAUUCAUUUAAAAAAUUGUCUUUUCUUUGUGGCUGAUGUUACUUAAAGCUCUUCUUUUUUUUUUAGGUGUUUUUCUGCUCUUUGUCAAUCCCACAGUCACAAAUGGUCAGUUAACUAUAUUAUCUUUUUAAUGUCCUGGACAAAGCUGAUGUUACUGUUAAAGUGGCCCCGAGUUUUAUUACUCCCCUUGUCUCUGUAGCUGCAGUUCUUACUGUAAAAAGACGAGAUAUUUCUGUAGUGUCUGCGGGUAGAGGAACAAAGGCGUAGGUGAGCCUAAAUUAGGUCCUUUCAGUAUUUUAAAAGGUAUCCUAAUUUGUCAACGAUCACCACUGCACUGUAGAGGUGGAUAUAUUUUUAACAUCUCAUCUUUCUUGAGUUUGGCCAAAAAAAAUGAUCAGAUGUCAUGAAAAGUAUGAACACCAUGCUCACAUUUGAAACAAGAAGCAUAAACAUUUAAUUUUUUUUUUCACUGUUGAGUUGAAUUCUCCUUUUGUUAAAGAGUGAAAGGUUAUUAAUUACUCUCCCAUAUGUAUAAACUCUGUAGAGACUGAUAGAUGCUUUCUGAGCUCUGUAACUGCUGCCAGUAGCAGAGAUCACAAUAUUUACCACAAAGAAGAGAAGAGUGAUGUCAGAUUAGGAAGUGAUGUCAAUAUAAAAAUAACAGUAACAUUUUAUUCCUCAUAAAAGACAAUUGGUUGAAUAUUUUAUUAGUGAAUGUCUUCAGCUUUCUGACUAAAGGAAAAAAAAAGAUUUUGUUUGGUUGUAAUUUAUACCAAGAGGGCUCAUGCAUACUGUACAGUACAUCAUGUAUAAAAAAAAAAAAAAAAAAAAAAACCCACACACACACGUGGGUUUUUUUGUUUUGACCCUCAUCAUUUGUGUGUUUGGUGUUUUGUGAUUAAUAUUUGCUUUUGAUAUGAGUUAUGUAUCGCUGAGGGGGAGAAUGCUGCCGAGUGUGCAUAAAGUAGAGAAAUGUU